AUGGCGCCAAUGCCUCCACUAAAGUUAACACUUAAAGCAAAUGCCGAUAGGAAAAAAGGCGGUAAAUAUAGUCGUCGACCUCCUCUUCUUCCACCUGGCGGUCCAAAGCAAAUUGAUACGUCUGUCACGAGUCCCGGAAAUUAUUGGGCCACCCUUGUGCCCUUGGAGGCGGGUCUCCCAAAAAUAUAUUUGACUGAAGGCUCUCAUGUUCUAGGUAAACAUUGUGAAAGACGCGAAGAUCUUGAUAGGUUUAAGCUUUUACCUGACGAUAAAAAAAUUUCGAAUUCUCAUUGUCUCAUUUACAGAGCAAAUUCUACCGUGAAAGGUUUAACUCGUACGGUUGUGCAUCUUCAAAAUCUUGGGCGUGGUACGCUCGUUCGUAACAUAUUCGUGGGUGACUCGACUAUCGAGUUGUAUGGAUCCGAAAAUAUAUCCUUUCCUUCUUCAAGAGAAGAAAAGCCGUGGUACAGAUACCAAUUUUUUUUAGAGAAUACUGCUUCGCCUCCAAUGAGUUUCUUCAAAACGUACGCAAUUCAAGGCGAUCUGGGAAAAGGAAAAUUUUCAGAAGUCAAGCUCGCCCGCCUAAUAAGGCAUAGGGAUUUUGGGCACAGUCCUGAAUAUGCCGUAAAGGUCAUCGAAAAGAAGUUAACAUCAGGAAAGCAUUUAUCGGCGCUUAGGUCAGAGAUCACCAUCAUGCAUAUGUACAAUCAUCCAUCAUUGACCAAAAUCAUUGAUGUAUUUGACGAAGGCGAUAAGCUAUAUCUCCUAAUGGAAAAUGUUCGGGACGGUGAUUUCUUCGAUUUUAUUAACAAGAGAAAAAGAUUGGGCGAAGAUGAAACGCGUAUAAUCUUUAAACAAUUGUUUGAAGUAGUGAAGUAUCUCCAUUGCUGCCGAAUUGUACAUCGUGAUCUUAAACCGGAAAACAUUUUAGUGACAGAUGCCGUUCGAUAUCAAGUUAAGAUAUCAGACUUUGGUUUGUCCAAACUUCUUGGUGCCAAGUAUUCUUUAAUGAACACAGUUUGUGGCACUCCCACAUAUGUUGCACCAGAAAUCAUAAACCGAGAUACUGAAUAUGGAAAGGCCGUUGAUAUGUGGAGUCUUGGUGUAAUCUUAUACAUUUGCUUAUGUGGACAUCCGCCAUUUAGUGAACACUUUGCUCCACCUUCCUUACUGGAACAAGUCAGGUCUGGCAGAUACUCUUUUCGGUCCCCCCCAUGGGACAAUGUAUCAGACGAAGCAAAAGACCUGGUUCAAGGAUUGUUAAGGGUUGAUUUCGAAAGACGUUUGACCGCCGAACAGGCUUUAGCGCAUCCUUUUAUGCAGAAACAGACGUCGCUUGUUCCAAAACCUUUGCCCACGUUACCGGAUCCGAACGUCCCACUUAGACGGGUACAUGACCAGUCGGCGGGUUCAUCAAAUGAGGAAUUCCGUCGAAUAAUGACGACCAAGGCAUCUGCGCUAAUUGACAGCAUUGAAAGUGCCGAUAAUGAAACGUUCUUGACGGCGACCGAUACGAUCGCGUCCUCAAGCGAGUUAUCUAUUGGCCUCGAAGAAAGCAGUGCUGAAACGAUGUACACUGCCACCGAGAGUGAGAUGUGGAGGCAUAAUUCGAGUCGCUCAAGUUACGAGUCGUCUCAGUCGUUCAAAUUAGAAAGUGUCUGA